AGGGGACGAAGCAACUAACGCGGCAUUCAUGUUUCCUUCGGGUCGCGUGAUGGGGAAGGAAGAGUCAAGUAGAGGCAAACGUUCAUCAUCACGGAAUCGAAACGGUAGAACCGGGUUCAAUAAGAGAAUAACAAGCGACAGCAUAGCUGUUUCACAACACGAAUCAAGAUCAACGACAACUGCAUUUAUAAACGAGGACAGCAUGAUAUCCAUAUCAUCUUCAUCUGCUGAAACAGAAUCCUCCACAUCAAGAACGACAACUGCAUUUAAAGAUGAAGAUAUCUAUAUCAAAUCUUUCCCGGCACCUCCAGUACAUGUGGAAGACCAGGAGUACAUGGCGGCAGCAGUGAACGAGCAAGACAACAGCAUGCUCAUUUGUAUAGACCCAGCGGAUCAUACAGGAGCAUUAGGUGGGCUUGCGCCACCCACCAUCAUUGACGUGUCUACCCAUGAUCCCACUAAAUUCUUAGGGCGUAGUAGCAGUAGGAUGAGCAAAAGGUCCAGUACGAUCCCAACCCUUUCAGAAGAGGACCACAAGGACUACGACGAAGAGAGCCAGGACGAAGGGCUUCAAGGACAUCAAAAAUGCGUAUUUUCAACGGCCGCUGUUGCGGAAUCGCUGCGGGCGUGCGGAGCAUCGGGACGUGUCCGAGUGAAGAUGACUCCCGUAGUCAAAUCUUUGCUGGCUGCUGGUAUCCUAUCGCUCAGUAUUGCCGCUGCAAGGUGUGCCGGACAUGAGAUGAUGUGGGAGCAUCGAACGCAUAUACAUAAUCACCUCGUUCUCGUUGCUCCGGAAGGGAGGAGCAUGGUUGCUCGUGAUGAAAGCUAUGGAUGGGGCCGUUCUGAUAGUUUAUCUUCGUAGAAACGUGAUCACUUUCACUUCUGUUAGAAGUAGUGUUGACUAAUGUCGGAUUUGCGGUUGUACUGACGACUCAGCAAUAAGCAGGAGCAGAUUUCUCUUCACGUGGCGAUGAGAAAUUCACCAACGUUCCAGUCUUUCUCAAACUUUUGCGUAAGUAAGCAUAUGACGUAUAGUAGUACAGUAAUUACGAUUACGAAAAUUACUAGCGCUAAAAGUUUCCUCACGAUGGAACGCCAGGUGUGGUGCUCAAUUUAGCUCACGAGGUGAUGAAUGCGUCAGGAUUACUAAAACCAGUCGAGGAAGGGUCGAACGCGACAGCACCGCCAUUCGCGGCGUUCUCUGACGGAUCCGCUAACGUCUCAACAGCCACAGCCACACCAUCACCAGCUGCGAGGCACGAAUACAAUUUUUGGGAGCAAGAACAUGUAUUUGUAGUAGUACUACUUUGAAAAGGUAGAAGAGUAUCAGGAUCUUUACGUGGUUGAAUCGGUUGAAAUGAAGCGAACAGCUACAUGCCUCUUUUCAUUAAGUACUCAAGUGCGUAAGUAGUCGAGUUCAACAUUGCGAGUUCAGUUUAAGCAAAGAUUUAAAGGUCUUGUAGGUUGUAAAUACGGAACCGCUACUAUGGCAACCUUAAAACGUUAUUUUAGCAAAACGUUGAAAGUUGAUUUUUUAAGAUAGCCGACUAGAUUCCUAAGAAGUCAAUUUUUAACGUUUUGCUAAAGUAACGUUUUAAGACUGCCAUAGCUACUAGUAGAGCACUUUGAUCUUCAGAGGACUACUCUGCAAGAGCACCUUCCCCUUCAGUGACAAUGAACGGUCUCUAAAACUACAAGAUCUUCCAGCAGGUAGAACAGCGAGUACACAUCAAGGGGCCGGCCACAACGCUGCAGUGAUGAUGACUGAUGUAGGAGAUGAGUAGUUACGCAUGGAAACGACCCACGAACACGGAUAUGGGCAUCGAUAUUAUCAUGUAGGUGACGGCUUGCUUCUCGAACGAACUGGAUGAUCAAAAAUUAUUUUUCUUAUCGUGAAUGAAAAUGACAGUGACGUGGAGGAGGUUCUGCAAAUCAGAGAGCUGAAUGUUGCAUGGAUUCUGUACAACUUGUUAUCGUUUUUAGUAGUCAUUUUUGAUUUUAACAUGAAUAGAUCCAGAUCGAAUGACGAUGACCGAUGAGUGUUUAUUAAAACAACAACCAGAAGAUGGUAGUGUCUAUGUGGAAACUCUCGCUCGAGCGUUGCAGUCCAACGCGAUAUCUAUGUAUAGUAUACGAGUGUCUUCUACAACUUCAUGUUCUUUGUUCUGUAUCAUUCCGAUGUUGUUUAUGCUCCGUCAUAAAGAUAAUGCCGCUCGUGGUCGUUGAUACGUGUGUAAGAAGAUAUUAGUACUACUGAACUUUAUGAGUAAGUGUAAGUUGUAGUGUCAAUUAUCUCGUCAAGAAGAGCAGCAGCAGUUUUAUCUUCUACACAUCAUGAAGAUAAUAGCUUAGACCUUCGUCACAUUACAUAUUGCUGGAUCAAUCAUGUCUGUGCAUUAGAAGGGUUAGUUCUUAUGUGUAAAUGUAGGUGCACUGAGAAGAAUUGUACUUUCUAGUUCGUUGCUGGCAGAAUCAUUGGAGAACGUCAUCGUCAAUAAAUUAGUCGUCUAAGUUGUCUCGGUUGUUGAUCCACCUCCAUAGUACCGGGCAUGCCACAUUAACUGUUCGACGUGUCUAUUUGAUUUUGCAGAAAUUUGAGGUCUGUCAGGGCCAGGAAAGCCGUAAAAUCGGCGACCGAGCCACGUCCUACGAAGAAGGUGUCCACGUUUCUUCUCUAUAAGAGCCAUGAUAAGCCUAACGUGAGCCAUUAGUCAUACUUAGGUAAUUGCUAAGGAACCGAAAAAAUAGGGAGGAACAGCAGCUACAUCAAAACGGGAUGAAAGAUCGGGAAUUGGUAGUUUGAGGUUCAGUUUUAAUUCCUUCUGUGGAUCGAAAAGGACGACGUUGGUGGGAAGUACAAAGUGAUGCUCAUCUCAUCAACGAGCUUAAGCUUUCUUAUCGAGCAGGUAGAUAUCAUAAACUACCUAUUCGGAAUCAUGACACGAUCGCCAACAAAUGAGAGACGCCGAAUUUUUAUCAUGUCGCUGUUUUGGAAGUAAAUAGCUCUUACUUAGAUUCGAUCCAAAGAAAGAAUGGUGGAAGCAAGCGAUGUAGAUGUACUAGUUUUCGAUUCAUGAUCAUUCCACUCUCUUCAAAAUCAAUACAAAUAGCGAGGACUCUGGUCUGACUCCUCAUCAUGGUUUCACCUUUGAAUAAAUAUCAAACACAAAAUAAUGAAUCAAGGAGAAAUAUACGAGGAGGUUUAGAGUUGAAUCAUGAUCGUCAUCGUGUAAGAAAAGAAACCGCAGAUUUUUUGUUGGUGCGAGGACUGGAAUUGAAAUUAGAGUUGUAGCUAGUGGAUCACAAAAAUUACAAAUACGACGGUUGCUCUUUUACAUUAGACUACCCAACGACGCACUCUCAUUCAUGAUCAUCUUCAACACAUGACACUUUCAUAUCUGAAAUAAAAAUUGAUAGACGGAUCGGUAUCCUCUCUAGGACUUGUUCCCACUCAUGAACUUGAACACAGCUGACCAUAUGCUAACUUCAUCCGUGGUAUGAAUCACCAUGAAACAAAGGAAAUAAAAACAAGCGCCUACUAGAUUUCCACGCCUCCAUCAAGAACAUGCAAAAUGAUAUAGAGCCAACAUUGACUUUAAUUUUCAUUUCCAAUUUUCAAACAGGAAAAGACUUUC